AUGGGGAGGUAUGAGUGGAGUACGGAUGCGGGGAGGAGAGAGGAGGAAGAGGAGGAGAGGAGGGCUUCUGGAGUGAGAGUGGAGGGUAGUUGGUUUGGUGCGGUUGAGACGUUUGGAAAUGGCGGAGGGGAGGGUGUAGACGUGGAGAUUCGCAGAGGAGGAAGGAACGGCCGUGAAGGUUCGCCGUUGGGCGGAGGGCAGGCGGAGAGAAUGGGACGAGAAACGUCGCGGGAAAAGAGUGGAAGCAAGGUGGAGUUCCAGUUACCUCUAUCGGUCCCUUCCCACCUCCCUCACGACGAGCCCGCCACACCGUCUCUCGCCCACCCUCCCUCCCGCCCACCCACAUCCUCCUCUCCUCCCACUCCCCUCUUCCCUUGGUACCUUCCCCCAGCCCAUCCGCUCCACCACCCCCCGCGCUCCCCCAUACCACACGCCACCACAGAGCCACGUCCACUCUCCCGCCCCCAGUCCCGCCACACCUCCCCCCUGCGCUCCUCCUCUCCCCGCCUCCCGUCCAGCAUGUCUCUCCCUGAUGUGCCCAUCCCUGCAUCUCUUUCCGAUUGGGCAGCCCAAGCUGCCCAUGAACGUCCUGUGGCAGACCUAUUUAUCGACCCCUUGCCCCCCAACUCCUCCCUGUCCUCCCCCUCACCAGACUCCCCUCGCUCCCCACACUCCCCCCGCUCCCCUCACUCCCCCCGCUCUCCUUGUUAUCCACACGCCAGUGUCAUGUCUGCUGCAAGCGGUGAGACAUUCUCACAGGACUUUAAGCGGUACCAGCAGCAGCGAUCCAGGAACAAUCUUGAGGCGCCCCUGAAGUCAACACCCGGCCUCCCUUCCUUUUCCAGUGUCAUGUCUGCUUCUAGUGGUGAGACGUUCUCACAGGACUUUAAAAGCAUGGUUCAGUACCCCAUACCCCGGCUGCGCACGCUAGCAGAGAAGCUCCGCCUACCCCCCGCUGCGCUGCCAUGGGCGCUGCUAUCCCUAGCCGCCGUCGUGCUCAUGCUCCUCGGGUCCCUCUGGACGUCCCAGCAGACCUCCGCGCGGCACGAGCAGAUCGUGUCGCAGCUGCUUCGGGAAAAAGAGGCUCUUAAGCUUAAUUUCGACGAGGUGAUUACGAAGAAGUCGCACGGCCAGGCGGAAUUAGACGGGCUCCGGCAGCAGGUGGCGCAAUUGACGGAGGAGGUGGGGAAGAAAACUAAUGAAGCGGCGGAGCUCGCGGCUAAGGCGCAGCAACUAUCCGCCGAUCUAGACAAGGCUAAGACGGACACGAGCGCGGUAGACGGAUUGAAAAAAGACAUGGAGGAGCAAAGGAAAAAGCUUACGGAAGAGCAGCAGGCAGCAGCGGCGAGAGCAGCCAAGGCGGAGGAGGAAGCGAAGAAAUGCCGAGAGGAAGCAGCAGCAAAGGAGAAGAAAUAUGUGACGGACGUGCGCGAAGGGAAGGUUGCUCCGCCCGGAGCGGAGGAAAUCGCGGAUCUGCUGGAUCUAUCCGUCAACCUCACGCAGCGCGUGCUGAAGCUGGAAGGCGAAGCGACCGCGGAGAAAUUCGAGACGGAGGCGAGAAUAAGGACGUUGCUAGAGCAGGCGGUAGGGAGCACCGCGGCGUACCCCGAGGCGCUGCGGCAGGAUAUAAAGACCACGCGCGACGCGUGCGUGCGCGCGGGGUACGCGUCGACGGAGUUGAAACGAACCGUGGCGGAUCUGUCGAUAUACAAGCACAAACAGAACGUCGCGGCAGCUGCUGCUGCUGCUGCUGCGGGAAAGACAGGGGGGGCAGCAGCGGCGGAAGGGGAGGAAGAGCCCGCAGGGCCGCUGGCUGUCUGUCGCUCCGCGCGUUGCAAGGCGACAGACGAGGAGCUGAGCCGGUUUAUGAACUACACGGAGAAGGAGGUUUGCCCGGACGACUGGCAUUUCGUCCAGGAGCUGAUCUUCGACCGCGGCUGCCAUUCCCUGCCGCGGCGCCGCUGCUUCGCGGCGAAUUUCACGGGGUUCGAGGACCCGGUGCCGUUCCCGAAUGCUCUAUGGAACGAGAGUGCGCUCAUGGAUACCAACGUGAACUGGGAGCACCAUUCCUGCAAGUCGUUUGCGUGUUUGAAAUCUGGUCCGGGGCAGGUGAAUGACUGUAAGGACUGCUUUAAUCUUGACGUGGAGAAGACGAGGUGGAAGGGGGGGAUCAGGGGGACGAUUUCCAUGGAAGAAGUUUUCCAUCUGACCAACAACACUCUUCGCAUCGGGUUGGACAUUGGUGGUGGGUCGGGCAGUUUUGCUGCCCGGAUGCAGGAAUUCAACUGCACGGUGCUGACCACAGGGAAGAACUGGGCCAGCCCCAAGGAGAAAAACUCCACAGAGCCCACGGGGGUUCCUUACAUGGAAGCAGUGGCAGCGCGGGGACUUGUGCCGCUGUACCUGCCGUUCUCGGCGCGGUUACCGUUCUAUGACAACACGAUAGACGUGAUCCACACGGGCACGAGCAUUAACGAUGUGGAUUUUGAGGAGUUUGAGGAGAUGUUUUACGACUGGGACCGCGUGUUGAGGCCGGGCGGGGUUAUCUGGUUCGACCUGUUUUACUCGCAGGUGCGCAAGAUGCCGCUGUACAUGGAGAUAGUGGACAUGUUCAAGUACGACCAGCUACACCGCGCUGUAACACCGUCUCUUGGCGCUGCUGGCCUUUACGUGCACAUGAGCUUCGUGCUUCAGAAGCCACGCCAGAGAGAUUUCACCCUUCCCCCGCCUGAACCGUUUGAGUGA